GCCGGCUGGUCCCUGGGGUGCAGCCAGCGUGAAGCCUCCCAGAGAGUCCGCUGGCCUGCCCGUGCCUUCGGGACACCGCUGUGGGGCCAUGGGGGUCCCCUCCGUCCUGCCCCUCCCUGCUGCGGCGAGUGACCGGACUGGCUGCCCGUCCUGCCGUCCUUGGGGCCGCAUGCUGCUGUGGACAGCUCUGCUGGUCCUGGCUCCCGCGGCCUCCGCAGCUGGGACGCCCAGUCCACAGGCAGGUCCCCCGAAGGCCGUGGUGCGCCUGGAGCCCCCCUGGCUCAACGUGCUCCGGGGGGACGAGGUGACCCUGCACUGCCAGGGGCCCCACGGCCCCGGGGACGGCCCCACCCAGUGGUCCAGGGACGGGGCCCCCAUCCCGGCCCAGGUCCAGCCCCGCUUCAGCUUCAGAGCCAACCUCAGCGACGGUGGGGACUACAGGUGCCAGACGGGCCAGACCGGCCUCAGCGACCCCGUGCGCCUCAACGUCACUUCCGGCUGGCUGCUGCUGCAGACCCCACGCCUGCUGCUGCAGGAGGGCGACCCCCUCCUGCUGAGGUGCCACAGCUGGCAGAACCGGCCUCUGUUCAAGAUCCAGUUCCUCCAGGACAGCGUCUCCAGGUGGUACUCCCCUGCCAAUUCCAGCUUCUUCGUCCCACACGCUAACGUCAGUCACGGCGGCACGUACCACUGCUCCGGAUUCAUCGGGAAAAUGAAGCACAAGUCCGAGCCUGUGAGCAUCACUGUACCGGACGACAGCUCCUUCCCGGUGACCAUCGUCGUGGCCGUGGUCGUGGUCAUCGCUGUCGUGGCCGCCGUGGCCGCCGUGGCGGCCUGGGUCUGCCUCAGGCGGAGCCAGAGCGCAGGAGCCCCUGAGAGCAGGGAAGUGGGAGAGACCCCACCUGAGGAACCAGCUCCGUGUGACGCUGAGCCGCCCGCCUGUGCGGGGCCUCGGGCCUCAGAGGCCGCCUGCUUUCUCUCUGGGAAAAGGCAGCGACUCCGAGAAGACGCUGGCACAGCCGCCUGCGGCCCUGCCGGGGCCCAGGGCGGGCGUGGGGGCAAUGAGCGAGGCCUUGCAGACUCCAGCGUGCUUUGGCCUUGGGUGUCCACCGCAGCGCACAGUAGGCUCCCUCCCGCGUGCGGCAGGGCCCCGGCUGACCUGUUCCUUUCACCCACAGCCACCCUCACCCCGGCUGAAGAGGCUGCCAAAACUGAGGCCGAGAACACCAUCACCUACUCCCUGCUCAUGCACCCGGAGGAGGACGCGGGGCUCUCGGAUUACCAGAACAUGUAGCCGUGGGCACGCAGGCCGGGCGGGCCGGGCUGGCCGGGUCGGUCUUGCAGCCUGACCAGAGGCCCCCGAGGUUCCCAGGGAGCAGGACUCUUCCGGGGGGGGGGGCGUCCCCGCCCGGAUGCCCGG